AAACACAAAUCCGAAAAUCCAAAUCCCGAUUCCCAUUCGAGUUCCGCUCCGCGAGGCGACCGCCAUUGACGAAGCUUGCCGACUCCCCCCUCGUACUUCCCGCAUCCGCGCUCGCCCGUACGCGCCGCCGUCCGUCCCGUCCGCCUCGCCCGUCGCCGCCGUCGCCGUCGCCGUCGCCGUCGUCCUCCCCGUCCCGACCCGUCUCGUCGCUUCUCUUCGCCUUCCGAAGCGCCAUCAUUCGGGUUUCGCUGGCCUGUUGGUUUCCGUCGUGCUUCCCCGCUCUUUCCGUCCCGCGUCCGAUUUGGCGACGAUGACGUCCGACGCUCGUCACCUCCGUUGAUGAAGUUUGGUGGCCAUUGCGUCACCUCCUUCACCUGCUCCUCCUCCUCCUCGCCUCCUCCUCUUCCGCCUCCAUGUGAUUUCGCCGAUCCAGGGAGUUUCGGUGAGCUCGGUGGCGAUUCGGGGUCCGAUGGGGAAAGGAGACGCCGGCCGAUGCGUCUUCCCGCUCACGAGCUUGCAGAUUGGGGACCUGCAAUCUUAUCUUUCGGAUCUCAGUAUCUUCUUGGCCUGCGAGAGUAAGAAAUUUUACAUAUUGGUGGACAAUCGGCCAUGGUUGAGAAACUUUAGCUCGCGCCGCCCAGCCCGAAUAUGGCAGUUGAUGGUUACAAAGUCGAGGCUAUCUCCUUUCGCGAAGAGCAAAGCACGGAGGAAGACAAAGGAGGGAAAGGAAGCUCGUUGCAAGUCUGACCCCAGUGAGACCAAGAAGUUUGAGAGAUGGUUCAAAUUAAUUAACGCUGCAAAUUUAUCCCGGAAGAGAGUUCUCAUGCCGGUGGAGAAAUUGCGGAAUUCUUUGCUUCUAGAUAGCAAGUUGCAUGGGAUUUUACAUGGCUUUAUAGUUUUCGAAGUUGAAUGGAGUAAUGUUCGAGGCAUAAAUUAUUUGAAUGAGCUGCAGACCGAUACAUCUCUGGCCCUAGAGGCCAAAAUAAUGAAAAGGUGGGAGUUUGAUAGCAUAGCUCAAGCUGCAAACUGUAUGUCUUCAUGGUUUUCAGGGACCCUUUCGGAACGGCAGAUUCUGAAGGCGUAUUUGGAUAGUACCAUAGGAGAGACGUUCCAUGAUGCUCAAGAAGAAUUUUCAGAGUCUAGUAUCGAUUCGCAUGAAGAAAUUUGCUUUGAUGAUUUGUCUUCUAGGAAUAACUCUCCCCAGCAUGUUCACAACAAUUUUCAUGCCUUUGCUGUUUCCCCCGAAAGCCGAAUGAGUGAACCAAGCACUCCCCCGACUAAGAAGAGAAGAGUGAUUAGAUCCACCGGCACUGGUGUUGAGGUUGAUUUCUCAGCAGAUGAAAAACAUAGUGAAAGUGAAGAUUCAGCGGACGAUCCUGAAAGCUGUUGUGCUAGCGAUUCUGAUAAUGCGAUCGACUCCUUCCAGUAUAAGGAUGUCUUGAUCUUGUUUAGGUUUAAUGAUCAUGACCUUCCAUUCAAAUUGAGGGACAUAAUAAUGGCAAAUGUGAGGUUACUUACACUGUUGGAGUCGGGACUUCCAUCUUGGGUCAUAUUCCUCCAGUCAUAUCCUGGGUUUUGUCACCUGUAUCGCCCAUGGAUGUGUCCCUUAGCUAGAACUUUGUAUGUGCUUAUAUCAGUGGUAACUGUUCUGAUUGGAUUCUAUGAUCUGUACAAAAAUGUCCCUGUCCUCAAGGCAACUGCAGCACAUUUGUGUGGCCCUCUUUUCGAUUGGAUAGAAUCUUGGGAGAUGGUAUCCCGAAUCAAGUACUUGGGGACAAUGCUUUUUCUUCAUAACUGCCAGAAAGCAAUAAAAUGGUUCCUAAUGGUCAUCGGCACCACUCGGUCCUUUUUUUCAUUUCUAGCUCAACCCCUUGCAGAACCUCUUUUAGAGCUUUUUGAGUGCCUUCUUCCUUUGUGGAAUGUGUGCUCUGGAGUGGUUGGGAGCUUCUUCUCUGUUGCUUGGUUUGUUAUUGGAUCUUCUUGCAGUCUAGUGGAAAACCUAUCAGACAUUGUACUGCAGCCACUGUGGUUUAUACUCUCAGCAAUCUGGACAAUUGGAACUUCCAUCUUGUAUCCCAUAUUUUGGGUCCUCUGGGAGACGCUGUACUUGCCCAUCCGCAUGGUCCUUGCAUUAGGGAAUAUGGUGACUUUUCUGUGGACUUCCGUAUAUGGCUCUAUAAUUGAAGUUUGGCAGACCAUUAGGAUCAUAUUCCAGAGUGCCUCCGCUGCUAGUACUGCAGUGAAUACUUAUGAAGUUUCCAUGUGGCGUAUGCUUUGGAAUGAUCUUUUUUCUCACGUCUUCCGUGCUGUAAGGAGUAUAUUGAAUGGGUUCGUUGCCUUUUUCUCAGCCUGCAAUAGGCAUCGCCUCAGCAUUUAUAAUCAUGGUCAAGGAUUUGUGCAAAGGUUGGGUCAUACUCCAGGGUCACACUCUCCAGAUCAUGGUCAUCGCAGGUCAACACUCAGAAGCGGAAGCCCAAAAGAAAGGAGGAGGAAAAGCCGCGCAUAUUAAACCUUUGUGAUUAACAAAAGUGGAGGGAUUUUCGUAUCGUACGGAAUUGCGACGAGUGAGGGCAUCUGGCACCCCCAAAAUCGAGGCCUCCAAGAAGCCUCCAUGGAAAGCAACUCCAAAGAAAAGCAGGGAAAGAAGGAAGCAGGCAUUGCAGAAGCUUUGGAUCCAUCCUAAGACCAGAAGGCAGACUGGGAGUUGCCUCUUCAACAUUUCCACUUCAAUGUUGCUCAUCCUCAUCUCGAGAUUUACAACCUACAGGGCUAUCCAUCUUCACCUUUCUCCAUUUGUUCAUUCGUUGUCACAUCCUUUUGUUUCAACUUGUAUAUACAUAAUGCAUGCGCUAGAUCCUUUUCCAGUGUAACUUAGCCCGUACAGCUGUUGAGUAUCCAAUCCAGUGCGGGAAAAGAUAAAUUUUGCCUUUA